CCAAGUCCCAGUUGAACAAGGAAGUAAAAUUUGACAAUUUUCUACGAAAUCAGUUAAACUACGUUACCAACAAACAUAGCGCAUUGGAAUGUCAGAUGUGUACAAACAAACACGGUUUCCGGCAGAAUCGUUAUAACAUAUGAGGGGCGAGUUUGUGGAAAUAUAGAAGAAAAUGGAGGUUUCUGGUCGGAAGCCUGAAAGGUCAUUCAAGGACUCUGUAGGAAGAUCGUCUGCUGAAGAUGGUGAAGUCUUCUGUCAGCCAUGUAGCAGUGACGGAGACUGGAUGGUUGCCAUGGGAUACUGCGAAAACUGCAACGAAUACUUGUGUGCUACGUGUUUGAAGGUUCAUCGUAGACAAGCUGUGUCCAGAAAUCAUAAAGUCCUUGAAGGUGAAAACAUGCCAAAGGCCCGGAUGUCAUCUGUGACACUUAAUGCUUGUUCUGAGUUGUGUGCCAAACAUACAAAUGAGAUAGUGAAAUUCUAUUGCUCAGCACAUGAUGUUGUGGGGUGCGGGGAUUGCAUGGUUCUGGAUCAUAAAUCGUGUAAAGUGGAUCGUAUACAAGAUAUAUCAAUGAACUACCACAAUGGCGCUGAACAUCAAGAACUCCAACAGAAGGUAGACCAGUUCCUACAGAACAUAGAACAAGUUAAGAGACAGAUACAAACCAAUGACAAACAUAUUCAACAAACAUACAUCACAGCAGUAAAUUGUGUAAAAGCAUUCAAGAAAGAAAUACUGGAAUAUCUAGAUAAGGCAGAGGCGGACAUGCUGGCGGAAUUGAACAAAAGGAAAAGGAGUGACGAAAAGAUGAUAUCAGAUCUGAAAGAACACGAAAAGACCAUGAGAAAGAAUAUCCAAGAGUUGCAUGAGAAACUACAACUACAGUUAAAUCAUGCAAACGAAUUAUUUGCAGCUGCAAAAGAAAUGAAGGAAAGAAUCACGCACAUAGGUGACAGCAUAAAGCAGUUGCAACAAGACUGUCAGUUCAGGCAGUAUGAGUUUGUUUGUUCUAAACAAGUCAAAGAAAUGGUCGCAUCUCAGUUUAAGCUGGGUGAACUAUUGGUAAAGAAACAUAUUGUAGAAAUGGAACCGAAGUUUGAUAGUGAAAUUGGAAUAAAGGCAUCGGAUGACACGGAAGAUUGUGAGAUUUUUGCUUGUGCUCUUAUUUCGUACAAUCGGAUAAUAUUAGCAGACUAUAGUAACAAAUGCUUGAAAAUUGUUGAUAUUGAAAACAGAAAUAUUGCAGAAAAAUACAAACUUCAAAGCGGAUCGCGUGGACUGGCAGUAAUUACUAAGAAUCGUUUUGCUGUUGCACUUCCUGAUGAACAGAAAAUACAGUUUCUGACACUCACGCAGUGUGACAAAAUCACUGAAAGCAACGCCAUAAACGUGAAAGGCCGGUGUGAGAAAAUUGCUUGCCAAAACAAUAAGAUAAUGGUGUUAUACCCUGAUCGUGUUGUUAUUCUGAAUAUGGAUGGGAAAGAGACAAAAACUAUAUGCAAUUCCAAUGUGAAAUGGCAAAUGGACAUUGCUCAUGACUCUAAAUCUUUUUAUGUAUCUAAUAGUUCGCUUAGAAAAAGUGUUUUCAGAUUUGAUUUUGAAGGCAAUCUUAUUGCAACAUACAAGGAUAAGGAUCUCUCAGAUGUUAGAGGACUCUGUGUAACAAGAGAUGGUACAGUUCUUGUAUGUAACUGUGAAGAUAAUGGAAGUGUUCAUAUGAUUUCACCAGAGUGCAAGAAGAUUAAAGAAAUUUUGAAGCAAAAUGAUCAUGUUAGUCGUCCAUGUUGCGUUUCGUUCUGCGAUGAAACAAACAUACUUUUUCUUUGUAACAAUUCAUCUACACUUGAUUCAAAACUGAGAAAUGUUAUAAACAUAUUCCAAUUCAAAUAAUUCCAAAAUUAAUUAGCACGUUCAGAUUUAAAUUGGAAGUUUGAUUUUCAGCUGAAACAGUUAAAAAAUAUGAAGAGUUAAAUGAAUCAACGUUUCUCCAUUAAAAAAAUCUUAUGAAAAUAACUCUACCGGUAUCUAAAGGGAUAUGUCUCCAGAAGAAACAGUAAAGCCUCAUUUUUUAAAACAAGUAGCAAUUGAUAUUAUAUAUCGAAAACGAAAAACCAGUACCGUUUAAAUAGAUAUUUUAAUGUGUAUCAUAUACAAUAUAGCUAAAUUCCUUCAAUUUGAAUGAAUGUUAAAUAGCGUGACUAACACUUUUGAGAGUUUUCUAUAUAUUUCAUUGAUGAAAACAUUGUUGAUAUUGAUAAAAAGUUCUUAAAGUACAAUUAAUCUUUUCUUUGUUUCGCAAUUACCAAUCAAUGGAAUUUCGAAAAAAGGAACAAACAUAAAUCUGGUGCAGCAUUGAUAAUCAUGUAGUCUUUUGUCUUUGAACAAUGAACAAAAAUAGUUUUGCCUGCUCUCGACUUUACUGUCAUUCUCAGCUCCGCUACUUGUUUAGAAAAGAAUUAUCUAAUAUAAAAAGGAAAGAAAAAGAAGACAUAAGAAAAUUCUGUUUUCAACAUGUUUUAGAACAACAUUGUUUUAAUUAUAUUAUUUAAUGUUUUCUUUUUUUUUCUGUUGUAUGCAUACAUGUUUUGAGUUAGGCAUUAUCAAUACACUCAAGACAAAAUAAAACGUCUUAGGAAACUUCUGUAAUACUCUAUGCACGAACUUUGUCACUUGUGCACAUGUAGCUCGUGUUGUAAUUCAUGUAACUACCGCAAGUGAAGCGUAUUAUGAUGAAUUAUAUUUGGAUUCACACCAAUUCGGUUCUCGGUAGGAUUAUCGAAUAUCUGUUAAAGACAUGGUACAGUAAAUGAUUAAUUAAUGGACCAAGGUUUUCGAAUUUUAAAAAAAGUUGUUUCAUUUAAGCUGCAAUACGUGAAAACCUUUACAUGUUACUGUUGAUUUCACACGGGGUUUCCUACGCCGCAGUCUUCCCGGUAUACUUUCGGUGUCUCCAACGUUCCGAAAUAUGAUGUACUGCAAAAUUUUGAAGAAAAAAGUUAUUGAAGAUUUUUUAAAGUUUCCACUAUAUACUGAAGUCUGAAUUGCUGGAUGGAGUUUAUAAUUAGUAUAACACCUUUACUAUAUUUUUCCUAUAUAAAUUAUACUUUAUAUAUUCGUAUCUAUAUACACGUUCACAAAAUAUAUAUGUAUAUACACACAUUAAAAAAGCUUGUCUUUUCUCUAUUUUUGUGGUUCCUCAAAGACAGAGCUACCAUAAUAUACAGUAGUUGUAGAAAAUUGUUUGUAAGAAAAUGAUUAAAAUAAAUUUAAUUUUGUGUUGGCUUUA